AUGUUCCACAAACACCUCGACCAAGCCUCCAAGAGGUACAAGGAGCAUCCCAACGUUGCCGCGAUGUACACCAGCCUCCCCAAAGACAAAGAACACAGACCGCAGCGAGCCCCACCCCAAGACUACCCUCCCAAAAUCCGGGAUUUCGCCUACGAUAAACAUGAAUCGGAAACAAAUACCCGCGACUUCAUCGCCAAAUUCGCCGACUUCGGCUUUCGAAGCCAUCACAGGCGAGUCAACAACGGAGAUCUGCUCUCGAAAGCCGGCGUUCUCGGCCACAAAAAAAAAGAGGCAACUCCAGGAUGCUUCUGUCGAUCUCAAGGCACAGUUUCCCGGCUUUUUCGACAUGGACUACCAUCCACCGCAACGCCAGGAGCGUCCAGUAUCGGAGACGACCACCACAACGACCACGAAUUCGGUAUCCUCGGACCUCUCCGGUACUACUGA